AUGAGAACACUAAUCUCUCCCUCCCUUCCUCCUCUCUUCUCUCUUCACUUCCCUAAACCCUCCCUCUUCUCCAGACCUCUCCUCACAUCUCGCCACCCUCUCACCACUUCCUCCUUCUCUCUCAAUAAACUCUCCACUAAUUCGCAUCAUCCCUCAGUCUCAAACCGGAAAUCACAUACAGAGGCCUCAUCAAAUCCCUCCGGGGAGAUACACGUCGUCGUCGGACCAAUGUUCUCCGGCAAAACCACAACCCUCCUCCGCCGAAUCCUCUCCGAGAGAGAAUCCGGCAAGCACGUCGCCGUAAUCAAAUCGGAUAAAGACGACCGUUACUCCACGGAAUCGAUCGUCACUCACGACGGAGAGAAGUUCCCUUGCUGGUCUCUACCGGAUCUAACCUCCUUCAAAGGCCGAUUCGGUUACGACGCGUAUAGGAAUCGGUUGGAGGUGAUCGGGAUCGACGAGGCGCAGUUCUUCGGGGACGAGGAUCUGUACGAGUUUUGCCGCGUGGCGGCUGAUGAGGAGGGUAAGACGGUAAUUGUGGCGGGGUUGGAUGGGGAUUUUAUGAGGAGGAGGUUUGGUUCGGUUCUGGAUUUGGUUCCGGUUGCGGAUACGGUUACGAAGCUGGCGUCGAGGUGUGGGGUUUGUGGGGGGAAGGGUUUGUUUACGUUGAGGAAGAGUGGGGAGAGAGUUAGGGAGUUGAUUGGUGGAGCCGAGGUUUAUAUGCCUGUUUGUCGGAGGCAUUAUGUGGGAGGCGGUCAAGGCGUUUUGGAGACCGCGAGGGGCGUUUUGGAGAGUUCUACUUCGCAGCGAAACGGAACGCAGGAUUUGGCGGCGGCGGUGACGAGUGUCUCUCCUCCGUUUUGA